AUGGUGCUCCUUCUACGAGCCACUCUCACCGGCACCCUCCGCCCCUUUGCCCGCAUGAUCCAAUGCAUGGCCCGUGUGGGCGAAGAUGUGUCCAUUGAGGCCCACCCUGGCGAGUUCAUCAUGAGGACCAUCAACGGAGCGCGGUCUGCCUACUUUUCGUUCUCCAUGCGUUCCGGCUUCUUUGCGGCGUAUGAGGUGAUGCUCAGAAGCGGUGAGCCCCUGAAGGUCAAGGUCAUGGCCAAGGCUCUCCUCGCGGUCUUCCGCUCAUCGGCCAAGGUGAGCAAAGUCGCCUCUUGCACCCUCACCAUUACCGAUGACAGAGUCAUAUUUGUCCUCUUGGCUCCUUCGGGCCUGACCAAGGUCUACCGCAUCUCCUACGAGGUCUCCGAGAACAUGCUCGCCGUCUACGAGACGACCACCGCGCCCAACUCGUUCGUUCUCGCCCCACGCCUCCUUGCCGCUGCCAUCGGCACUUUUCCGGCCUCUCUGCAGGACGCCACGCUCGAACUGGCUCCAAACAAGGUCCAGCUUGCCUCACACAUCGAAGCAAGCGAUGCCGUCGGUCUGCCCUCGGGCUCGGCCCGGACCAGCACCCAGACCCAUGUCACCCUCGACACCUCUCACUUUGAGCACUACAUGCUUGCUCCUGACGGUGUGAGCAUCACCUUUUGCCUCAAGGAGCUCAAGGCCAUGCUUGCCUUUGCAGAGUUUACCGGCUCGCCGCUGCGGACCUACGUCCACGGCCCGGGCCUCCCGAUCAUCUUUUCCAUCACCGUUGCCAACACCUUUGCUGCCGACUUUGUCAUUGCCACCCUCAUCAACGACGACGACAACGACCCGCCGGUUGUUCCGCGCCGGACCACCGCUGCACCACCGGCAGACGUCGCAGUUGUCUCGUCGAGCGCAGCGAGUUCGGGCUACGCCGCCUCGGGCACAGGCGCCGUGCAAAUGGACAUCGAGACCUCGGGCGCCGGCCCGACGCUGCCUCACAGCCCGGGCUCGGCUGGUGCCUCGGCGCCGCAGCUCUUCCAGGCCUCGCCGGCUUCGCUCGGCCUUGCGGGCCUCUCGGCGGUCUCGGGUCGCGAGUACGCAGCUUCGUCAUCGCAGCACUCGCCGUCGCUCGGUUCGCACACACUCCGCCCCGGCCUGGGCGUCACGCCGUCGCGGCCGGCUUUGCCGCGGCCGUCGCUCGUCGCCUCGCAGCUGCAUGAGCCGUCGCCGCUGCAGUCGUCACAGCUGAAGCGGCGUCGGCCGCAGGCCUACGCCUCGGCCUCGGACGACGACGCUGAGAGCGACGACGGAUCGGUCGAGGCCACCCCGCCGCCGCCGGACCUUAAGCGCGCGCGCGGGCUGGGGCAUUGACCGCACCCGGCCUGCCCAUUCACACUUGCAUCAUACAUGCCUGCUCUCCGGCACCCCGUACCGUUCGGCAUAGAGCUUGGCCAUGUUGGGGUUGCCGAGCUUCCGCGCAAUCGGCAUGGCCUGGAAGGCAGAGGUUGGAAACGCUGGCACGAGGUCGAUGCCCGACCGCGGGAAGACCCACUCGAGGAGCCUGAAGAAGAUAAAGUCGAGCGCCAUG